AUGGAGGUUGACACUCUUGUGUCAUCAUUUGUUCAAAUGGAGGGUAGUGUACCACAAGGUAAAGUAAUAUGGGAUUCCGAGGCUGUAGAUCUUUUUUGUGAUUUGUGUAUCAAAGAGGUUGAAGGUGGACACCGACCUGGAACACAUCUUGAUAAAAAUGAUUGGAAGCUUUGGAAGGAACUUGUUGGGAAGGAAACUGGUUUAGGUUGGAACAAUAAAAAGAAUACUAUUGAUGCAUAUGAGGAAUGGUGGCAUAAUAAAUUGCAGAUUCAUCCUAACGCAUCGAAGUUUCGCACUCGGGGAAUUGAACCAAAGUUCGAGGAAAAGUUAAAUAGGAUGUUUACUAAUACUGUGGCCACAGGAGUGUGUUCUUGGACACUCGCAUCUGGACAGAUUCCAUUUGAGCCUGAUAAAACAACAAAUGAAAUGACAUCUCCACUUGAACAACUUGAGAGUAGUGGAUCGUCAGAUGCACCUAUCGGAAGAGAAAUGCCACAGGACCUUAAGAAGAAGCGUACAAUUAAGUCAGAUGAAGGACAAAAAAAAUUCAAAAAAGGGAAAGGCAAGGAUAAAGUUGGUGGUGCUGCCAAAUUGUUGCAACAAAUUGAUCGCCUUGUUACAGUAGUGGAGACUAUUAGUACCAGAUCACCCAUUACACAAACUAAAGGACUAGAUUGUAGCAUUGCACGAGUUAUUGAAGUCCUUGAUUCUCUUCUUGGAUUAGAGAGUGGGAGCGAGUUGUAUUUUUUUGCUAUCCACUUGUGCUCAGACAUGAUUAAAAGAGAGUCAUUUAUGGCUUUGAAACGACCUAAGUUGAAGCUCAACUGGCUUAAGUUUGAGCACGGGCUAGGAUCAUCCUCUUAA